UCUGACGUUCAUUUUGAAGAGUCGCGCGCAGGCGGCGUGGAGCGGUGACGGUGGGGUUGCUUGAGAAUAUAAAGACUAGUUGUGGAUUCAGUUCAGCGUCAUACGCUGUGGAUAGUAUUGUAGCAGGCUGAACGUUGAUUCAGCUGAGGGGGCCGCAAUGGGCAGGGAGAGCGAGAAGGCGCGGCAGCGCAAGAUGGCGCGGCGCGCCGAGAAGGAGCGGCUGGCUGCCUCCGGGAGCUUAGUCAAGCUGGCCAACAGUGUGCCCGACCUGAUGGCCGAGCUGGCCGCGUUCCGCCGAUAUGACCGGCGCGGCGUGAGCGUCGCCCUUGAGCACCGCAACGUGGGUGACCUGAGCGACGCCGAGCUGGACGCCAUGCUGACCAUCUGCCGCGACAACAUGCGCGCCCUCUACAACUCGUGCGAGUGGGGCUGGAACGACAAGGAGAAGCGCGGUGAGAUGACGGAAAGCAUGGCCAAGUACUUGGUGGCGCGCGACGGCGACUCCAAGAUCGUGGCCUUCUGUCACUUCCGCUUCGACCUCGACUAUGACGACGAGGUGGUCUACUGCUAUGAGAUCCAGCUGACGAAGCCGUACCAGCGGAGCGGACUCGGCAAGUUUAUGAUGUCGAUCCUGGAAUUGAUGGCGUUCAAGAAGCAGAUGCUGUAUGUGCGGCUUACGGUCCUGAAGCACAACGACGUGGCCAACAACUUCUUCAAGUCCUGUGGCUACGUGCGCGACAAAACCUGUCUUGAUGACACCAUAUAUCAGACUUACUGCUACGAAAUUCUCAGCAAGAAAAAUCCUCGGAGGGAAGAUGUCAAUGUUGGAAACGUCCCGCAGAUCAGUGUCAGUAAAAGCCAGCAGCAGAGCUGUACCUGAGCUGUCAGUGCAGCGUUGCUGAGCUCCUCGAGAGGGCGUUUUGAUGUGCAUGUUGGAGCGUGCGUUGAACCUGCCCUUUGCCAACAGCUGUCGUCCUCAGACAUGACAUCUUCCCACUUGUUUACAAUUUCGGAUUUGGCCGUCAGGGCACACUUGAAGGGUGCUGUUGUAUGGUGGGUAAGGUGCCACGGGUGUGUUGUUGGGACGAUGUUUUUGUCGUGUAUGCUCGUGACACGUGGCCAUGCGUCAGUUAUCGACUGUAGAGGCUGUUCCAUCUGCACGAAGGCAUUUUAGAAAUUGACGAGUUGGGAAUGUAAAAUUUUGAUAAUACAUCGCUCUUUUUUGU